UAAAUAAAUAACCAAAAAAAGAGAGCUAUAUAAACACGGAUUUAGGGUUUUUGGAGGCUCUCAAACUUUCUCUGCCUUGCAGCGUUUCAUCUGCAGAGUUAGGGCAACUCACCUCCUUUAGCCAUGGCCGUCGGCAAGAACAAGCGGAUUUCAAAGGGAAAGAAGGGUGGCAAGAAGAAAGCCACCGAUCCAUUUGCCAAGAAGGAUUGGUAUGAUAUCAAGGCUCCUUCAGUUUUCACUGUUAAGAAUGUCGGAAAGACUCUUGUUACUCGCACCCAGGGUACCAAGAUUGCAUCUGAAGGACUCAAACAUAGAGUCUUCGAGAUCUCGUUGGCUGAUCUUCAGGAAGAUGAAGAGCAUGCCUACAGAAAGAUUCGAUUGAGAGCAGAAGAUGUUCAGGGGAGGAAUGUACUGACAAAUUUCUGGGGAAUGAACUUCACCACUGACAAAUUGAGGUCUUUAGUACGCAAGUGGCAUACUUUGAUUGAAGCUCACGUAGAUGUCAAAACCACUGACAACUACACCCUUAGAAUGUUUUGUAUUGGAUUUACCAAGAGAAGGCCAAACCAAGUGAAAAGGACCUGUUAUGCUCAGUCGAGCCAGAUCAGGCAGAUCCGCCGUAAGAUGAGAGAAAUCAUGGUAAACCAAGCAUCCUCCUGCGAUUUGAAGGAAUUGGUUCGCAAGUUCAUUCCCGAGUCAAUUGGCAAGGAGAUUGAAAAGGCAACAUCCAGUAUCUACCCUCUUCAAAAUGUGUUUAUCCGGAAAGUUAAAAUCUUGAAAGCACCCAAAUUUGAUCUUGGGAAGUUGAUGGAGGUUCACGGCGACUACUCAGAAGACGUUGGCGUGAAGGUUGAGAGACCUGCUGACGAAACUGCUGUAGAGGGGGCUACUGAAGUUGUUGGAGCUUGAGUUCAGUUAUGUUAAAGUUCAUUUGAGUUGGAUUAAUCUGUUUUCUUUUUGUUUAAUUUUGGCCCCUUUUGUUUAUUUAAACUUUAGUAUUAACCCGCUUCUCAGUUUAAUCAGAGAGUUGGUUUUGAGGAUGGCAAUUUUGUGCUAUUAGUCAAAGAAUACUUCCAUUGAAUUAAUUUAGCAAAUUGCACCGUUUUUUCCCCUUCCA